UGUCCAUGAUUCUGUGCGAUAGAGGCCCGCCUCGCCUUUUCUCUGGCACCUAUUCUUUACAGACAUCCUUCGUUUUUACAUGAAAAAAAGUUGUUUUUAUUAUUUUUGAGGGGCCGUUGACCAGACGAGGCAGAGAAGAAUAGAAAUAGCUUUGUAUCUCUAUUUCUUUACUGAUUAAUCACCCAGUCCCCGGUUAUUGCAUCAAGGCCCAGCCCCUCCUCUGAUUCCCGACCGGCUUCCUGUGUUUGUGCGGUUCUCACCAGCCAGGGAGCGACGAGGAGGAGCACGACUGGGAGUUGAGCGAGCGAAGGGCCGAGCUGCCACCUCAACAUGGACUAGCCUAGUGUCCUCGGACAACAGUAGCGGACCACAAAGAGGAAUACUCGAGGGGUUGUUUUUCUACAAGGAUGCGCCGCAAAUGAUACCACAUCAAAGAUUCCACAACGCGAAGGAAGGAUCGGUUUAUAUUUAAAAGAUGGCGAACGACUCUCCGGCUAAAAGUCUGGUCGAAAUAGACCUGGCUUCUUUGCGGGAUCCAGCAGGGAUUUUUGAAUUGGUGGAAGUGGUCGGAAAUGGCACCUAUGGACAAGUAUACAAGGGGAGACAUGUCAAAACUGGACAGCUGGCCGCCAUCAAGGUCAUGGACGUCACAGAGGAUGAGGAGGAGGAGAUCAAACUGGAGAUCAAUAUGCUGAAGAAGUACUCCCAUCACAGAAACAUUGCCACAUACUACGGUGCUUUUAUCAAGAAGAGUCCCCCGGGGCACGAUGACCAACUGUGGCUGGUGAUGGAGUUCUGUGGGGCGGGCUCCAUCACAGACCUGGUGAAGAACACUAAAGGAAACCAGCUUAAGGAGGACUGGAUCGCCUACAUCUCCAGAGAAAUCCUCCGGGGACUGGCCCACCUGCACGCCCACCACGUCAUCCACCGUGACAUCAAGGGACAGAACGUCCUGCUCACAGAGAACGCCGAGGUCAAGCUUGUGGACUUUGGCGUGAGUGCCCAGUUGGACCGAACGGUGGGGAGGAGGAACACAUUCAUCGGGACGCCCUAUUGGAUGGCGCCCGAGGUCAUCGCCUGUGACGAGAACCCUGAGGCCACCUACGACUACAGAAGUGACUUGUGGUCCACUGGAAUCACGGCCAUUGAAAUGGCCGAAGGAGCUCCUCCGCUGUGCGACAUGCAUCCGAUGCGAGCACUCUUCCUCAUCCCAAGGAACCCUCCCCCGCGUCUCAAGUCCAAGAAGUGGUCUAAGAAGUUUUGCAGCUUCAUCGAGGGCUCCCUGGUGAAGAACUACAACCAGCGGCCCCCCACCGAGCAGCUGCUCAAGCACCCCUUCAUCAGGGACCAGCCCAACGAGAGGCAGGUCCGCAUCCAGCUCAAAGACCACAUCGACCGCACCAAGAAGAAGAGGGGAGAGAAAGAUGAGACUGAAUAUGAGUACAGCGGGAGUGAGGAGGAAGAGGAGGAUGCUGGAGAGCAAGAGGGAGAGCCUAGCUCCAUAGUGAACAUGCCGGGGGAGUCGACGCUGCGUAAGGACUUCAUCCGGCUGCAGCAGGAGAACAAGGAGCGCUCGGAGGCGCUGCGCCGACAGCAGCUCCUGCAGGAGCAGCAGCUCCGUGAGCAGGAGGAGUACAAGCGCCAACUAUUGGCCGAGAGGCAGAAACGCAUUGAGCAACAGAAGGAGCAGAGGAGGCGACUGGAGGAGCAACAGCGGCGCGAGCGCGAGAUGAGGAGGCAGCAGGAGCGCGAGCAGCGCCGCCGCGAGCAGGAGGAGAAGAGGCGCAUGGAGGAGAUGGAACGGCGACGGAAAGAGGACGACGAGCGCCGGAGGGCGGAGGAGGAGAAGAGGAGGAGCGACCGUGAGCAGGAGUACAUUCGUCGGCAGCUGGAGGAGGAGCAGAGGCACCUGGAGAUCCUGCAGCAGCAGCUGCUCCAUGAACAGGCCAUGCUCCUGCCGCGCACUCUGCAUCAGGAGUUCAAAUGGCGGGAGCUGGAGGAGCAGCGGAAGGCAGAGCGUCUCCACAAGCGUCUGCAGCAAGAGCAGGCCUAUCUGCUGUCCCUCCAGCACGACAACAAACCACCGCAGCCCUGCGAAAAGACCGAGGACUCCAAGAGAAUGUCCCCUGACAGUACUAGCAAAGGCCCUCAGACAACGUCCCCGGGCCCCGUACGCGAUAGAGCCCCAGCUCCACAACCCCACUUCCUCAACAAUGUUAAUUCUCUUGCUUCACGGAGAACGUCAUGCGAUAACACUAGGUCCCCACAAACCCACUUCCUGGACAACGCCACUGCUAACGCCCCACGGAGAAUGUCCUUGGAUACCACAAAGUCCCCACAAACCACGUCCUGGGAAAAUACGACCAAGACCCCUCAGAAACUGUCCCCAAACAGUGUUGAUGAAGACUCAGAAAAUCCCCCCUCUGACAAUAGCGAUGCCCUAGCCAGCCAGUCCACAGACGUUACUAAACCCUCACAGACCGGGGGCCUAGAUGGCCCCAAGUCCCCACAGACCGACCACUCGGAGCCUAGCGACCCUCUCGGCGACCCUCAGCCAAUCAGAGAGGCCGACGAGCGCUUCCGAAAGAACAUCCAGGGCUCCCCCCAGACCGCCCCACCCACCAAGCAGCCCCCCGUGCCCCCCCGCUCCGAACCCUUCUCUAACGGCGGCUCCUCCUCCGAGUCCGUCCCGCCUGCCAUGCACCGACCCAUGGAACCACAGGUCCAGUGGUCCCACCUGGCCGCUCUUAAGAGCAGCAGCGCCGCCCCGCCCCCUGUCGUGUCUCGCUCCCAUUCCUUCAGUGAACCCGCCGUUCCUAGUUUUGCACAUCUCCAUCUGCGCUCCCAGGAGCCCCACAACCACCACCUUCACCCCUCUGCUGCCGCACCAUCAGCUGCACGCACUGACCCCCAGCCCCCCGCCUUGGGCCCCAGCGACGAGGUUCCCCCCAGGGUUCCAGUGAGGACAACGUCCAGGUCCCCUGUGUUGUCACGCAGAGACUCUCCUCUCCAGGCCUCUGCCCCGCCUAGCAACCAGGCAGUACAGAGGAGCGCCGGCAGUAAUGCGGAGCCACGUCUGCUGUGGGACCGAGUGGAGAAGCUGGUUCCCAGGCCCGGUAGUGGCAGCUCCUCUGGCUCCUCCAACUCCAGCACCCAGGCUGGCUCUGGGGAGAGGUUCAGAGCACGCUCAUCGUCUAAGUCUGAGGGCUCCCCACUGCAACGCCCCGACAACUCUGCCAAAAAGCCUGACGACAAGAAGGACUUCGCCCGACCCAACCGGCCAGCCGGUGACGUGGACCUGACGGCCCUGGCCAAAGAGCUGCGGGCAGUGGAGGAUGUGCGGCCCCCCCACAAGGUGACAGACUACUCCUCCUCCAGCGAGGAGUCGGGCACCACCGACGAAGACGACGAUGAAGAAGUGGACCAGGACGCAGCAGACGAGUCCACCUCGGGAGCAGAGGAUACCAGGGCCGGGAGAGGUCUGAGUAACGGAGAGACUGCAUCCCUGAAGACCUUGCUGGCCCACGACGACUCAGAGAACGACCUCACCACACCCUCCAAGGAUGGUACCUUGGUCAUCCGACAGAGCGCGGGCGACAAAAAGCGCCCGGAGGUCAAUGUCUCUUCAUCCUCCUCCGGUCCCGGUGCGGCCGUUCAAGCGCACACUCCUCACGGUCCUGGUAACGGUCACCAGGAGAAAAACGGCUUUGCCGGCCGCAUUCACCUGCUGCCAGACCUUAUUCAGCAGAGCCACCACUCCCCCACCUCUGCCUCCUCCACCUCUUCUUCCAUCUCCAUCUCCUCCUCCUCCUCCAGCCAUGUCAGCCCAGCCAUGUCCCCCCAGACCCCCCUGGACAAGCUCAUUGCCAUCGAGACCCAAUCGGCCAGCAACACCAUGCAGAAACACAAGUCUUCCUCCUCCUUCACCCCCUUCAUCGACCCGCGCCUCCUGCAGGUCUCCCCCUCCAGCGGCAGCUCCCUCAACAACAUGGCGGCCUUCGGGAACGACGGGCGGCUGGUGGACGCCCUGCGGGCUGACCCGUCCCGUAAGGGCUCCGUGGUCAAUGUGAACCCGGUCAACACACGCCCCCAGAGCGACACGCCCGAGAUCCGCAAGUACAAGAAGAGGUUCAACUCUGAGAUCCUGUGUGCUGCACUAUGGGGUGUCAACCUGCUGGUGGGGACAGAGAGUGGUCUGAUGCUGCUGGACCGUAGCGGUCAGGGGAAGGUCUACCCCCUCAUCAGCCGACGGCGCAUCCAACAGAUGGACGUCCUGGAGGGACUCAACGUCCUGGUCACUAUAUCAGGGAAGAAGAAUAAGUUGCGUGUGUACUACCUGUCCUGGCUGAGGAACAAGAUUUUGCACAACGACCCAGAGGUGGAGAAGAAGCAGGGCUGGGUCACUGUAGGAGAGCUGGAGGGCUGCGUACACUACAAAGUCGUGAAAUAUGAGAGGAUCAAGUUUUUGGUUCUUGCCUUGAAGAACUCUGUGGAGGUCUAUGCGUGGGCCCCCAAGCCGUACCACAAGUUCAUGGCCUUCAAGUCGUUUGGUGACCUGGUGCACAAACCCCUGCUGGUUGACCUGACGGUGGAGGAGGGUCAGAGGUUAAAGGUCAUCUACGGCUCCAGCAACGGCUUCCAUGCCGUGGACGUGGACUCUGGGGCGGUGUAUGACAUCUACCUGCCCACACACAUCCAGACCAAUAUCCAGUCCCAUGCCAUCAUCAUCCUGCCCAACACGGAUGGCAUUGAGCUGCUGGUGUGUUACGAGGAUGAGGGUGUCUACGUCAACACCUACGGACGCAUCACCAAAGACGUGGUGCUGCAGUGGGGCGAGAUGCCCACCUCAGUGGCCUACAUUAGGUCUAACCAGAUCAUGGGCUGGGGGGAGAAGGCCAUAGAGAUCAGGUCUGUGGAGACGGGACACCUGGACGGGGUCUUCAUGCACAAGAGAGCCCAGAGACUCAAGUUCCUGUGUGAGAGGAACGACAAGGUGUUCUUUGCGUCGGUGCGCUCUGGAGGUUCCAGCCAGGUCUACUUCAUGACCCUGGGCCGUACCUCCCUGCUUAGCUGGUAGUGUACACACACACCCAGCAGCAUGAAGACAGCACCCCUCAGUUUAUUACCAUCAUAAUGAUGACUCAUCACAACGAUUAUCUUGAACUUGACGUACAACUGGAGUACCGAGCUUCACUGAGCUCUGAGGCGGCGCGUUACCUAGAAUUUCACCUGUUUCAAAUAAGAAAAGACAAUUGCACGAUAAACGGACUGAAAUCAUGAAGGGGAGGCCACAGGGUCCCUAUAGGCUGAUGGGACUGUGUUUGUUUGUCAGUUGGUAGUGCUGUUAUCAUGCCCAUUGGCCACUCUGCUCUGACAACAGACGUUCUCGGCCCCCAAACCCUACUAGAGCCUUCCCUUCCCUCCUGCACCAAUGGGAGUAGGGAUCUGAGCCCGACUUAUUCAAAACACUGGUAGAUGUUAAUGUCUCUCUAUUGGGAGAAGAGAGAGGGGCCUGUGUGUGUGUGUGUGUGUGUGUGUGACAGAGGAGGAUCGAAAGGGAGGAAAAUAACAAAAGAUGAGAGACUGUUGCGGAGGAAGGGGACCUUAUAGCACCAGACAGGUGAAAGGUCAUACAGUAGUUUGUUAUUGUGUUUAGUCCAGGUCAUGUUCAGGUCAGCUUCUGUGUUGAGCGUUUCUUAGAUCAGUUCCUCUGACUGACGUGCCGUUGACACCACAUGGUUCCAUUUUCAAAUGGGUCGUGCUUGACAUUGAAAAUGUAACUUUUUUUUGUUGUCUCUUUUUCACUCCGGCCUUCCUCUUGAUAAAGGUUAAAGACAGGGUUAAAGUAUAGAGAGAAGUUUCAUAAAAGACGUGGACUUAACCCUUAAUAGGACACUGCAACCUUAUAGGGGCCUUUCCAGUCCCAUAUACUCCUGAGGGUCUUUUCCAGCCUCCCUCGACUUUAACGUGCCACAUUGCCUCUCCUUGGUUGUGUUGGAAGAACUGUGAAUGGGUUGAUAUGUACAGUAGACUCUAGAAAACGGUCUGGGUCAUGAGUUUUGACUUUAACCCAGCAUUUGGUAGCAUGAUGACCAGGGUAUUCAAUGGAACAAGUGUCAAGAUUUAAAUAUACCUUAAAGAUUUGUAGAUGAAGCAUUAAAAUCCACAACAUAUCCAAAUGUAUCAGCAACCACAGCUUUCGAUUUGUUUAUCAUUUUAAUGGGCCCCUCCACUGAAUUCAGGUUUACGUUUGUGGCUACUUGUACAAUCUGUUGUGACAAAUGCAUUAGGUUUUGCUCAUCACUCCUACAGGAAAUGUAUCAAAGUCUGACAUUUGAGUGAGAUUGAAUUAAUAAAUGUAAAACCUAUUAUGAAGCAGCAUGGUCCCCAUUUUGAUACAUUUGUGAAAUCGUUGUAAUUCGAUGUUGGACUCUUUAAUACCAACAGACUAACAUAGUCGGGUAGCUUCACCCCCCUCAGCCUGUCUGCAUUAUUUUAGUAUCUCGACUCUGGCAGAAGGGGACAUUUUGUUUUGUGCAGUCUGUCCCAGUCCAGGCAGUAGUAUGCUAUGGUUUAAAGCAACAUGACAACAACCUGGAAGCUUUUCCAAACCCCCAGCAGCUCCUGGUUUUAUUUCCUUUGUUUUCCUCUCGCCUCUUGAUCCAACUAGUGAGAAAUGGGACUGCACUUGUUUGUCCUAAUGUUUCCUGGUUAGCCUGGGUGCCAGUCUGAAGGUGCGUGGAGGAGCUCCACUGUCCUUGUCUUCUGAGAUACUGGCACCACGGUUAGAUUGUUUUGUAUGUGUAUGGACAAACGUUUUUUUUAAAGAAUGGAAAUCAUAAUGUCUCUAGGGUUACAUGUCCCUCCAAAGCUUGACCCUCUUACAGUGGACUGUCACAUCCUGUUUGGGUGCGAUGAUUCCAGGCCUCUCUAAAGAGGCCUGUAAGAAUUUAGAAAUGAGAUGCUUUUUCCUCUGCAAAUCUGUGAAACGCGGUGCAAUGCCAAGAUGGCACAAGUCACACAUUUUAACAGUGUUACAAACCACUACAGAAAGUAUCGCUAACAUUUUUAACAACUAGAUUUAGUUUGUCAUUUUUAUUACCCUUAUAAUUAUGCGACUGCAGUGGUUUUUAAAAAUUAAUGCACACAUUAUGUUGAAAAUGUUUACAGAGGCAAUGUUUUGUUAAACCAAUGUGCAUCAAUAUAAAUAUUUAUGGUUUGUUUUAGGGCAAUUCUCCCUUUUUUUUAGCUUUUGUAUCAUUUGGAGGUUCAUGUACAGGAAUAACCCUCGACCUCUGUUCAUUCACUUUUCAAAAAUGACAAAAUUCUGAGUUUAAAUCACUGAUUUUCCUGGAUUACACAGCAGUGUGCCCUUGGCUGUGGCAAUGUUGCAGCAACGUUGUGACAAGGUUCUCUGCUGCCCAGGUGCCAGGUGACAUGUUUUCCUCAAGUGUUUCUACCAUGCUACUCUAAUUUAUGCCCUCUGUGUAUUAUGGGAAUUAUUGUAUUUUCCUCAAGGUCUUUUUUCCAUUGAAUAAAAUCCUAAGUAAUUUA